AAGCAGCCGCGCCUCGGCAGGGAGCCCGCGGGGCCGGCCCAGCUGCCCUUUGGACCCUCCGAGCUGGCGGGCGGGGAGCGAGGCGCCAUCAUGGGGGCGGCGGCGGCGGGGGGUCUGCUGGGCGGCUGGCCGAGCCUGUGGUGGGGGGCCAGCCUGGUGGAUCCCUUCUUGCAAGGGCUGGUGGGGGCCUGCGCCGUGGCGGUGCUGUGCAGCCUGCUGCGAGUCUACCUGUACCUGCAGUGCCUGUCUGACCCUGACCGGCAGGCGGAGAAGGAAGCCGUCCGAGGCCAGUGGGCCCUGCUAGACCAGGUGCACCUCUGCCUGCUGACCGGGCUCUUCACGGUCGUCGGCUCCCGGGUGGCGGCGCUGGUGGUGCUGGAGUUCUCCCUCCGGGCGGUGGCCACCCUCCUCUCCCUUCCGAAGGGAAGGCACUGCAGCCAGCUCUUCUUGCUGUGCCAGUACUCCCUGGGCUGUGGGGUCUCGUGCAGCCUCAGUUACCUGCAGGAGGGGGCGCCCCGCCGGACCUGGAACCUGCUGCUCAGCGUGGGCCUGGCCGGCCUCCUGACCUGCUACGUCUGGCGCUUGGCGCGCCACGUGUUCACCAUGUACGAGCUGCACUGCAAAGAGCGCUACUGCGGGGCCUGCCUCUUCUUGCUCACUACCUGGCGCGGCAUCCCCCAGCUACUGUGCAACGCCCUGAAGGUCACCUUUCUGGUGGCCGACCUGGCAGCCGUCGCAUUGAUCAACCGGGACUUCCUCACCACCUCGGAAGCUGUCCGCUUCUGGACUCCACUCACCAUCUGUUACACGCUCCUGGUUAUCUACAUGCAGGAGGAGCAGCGGCAGAACCCCAGCCAGCAGAUGGUCUACCAGACUGUUUUUGUGAGGAUGGGGGGCCUCUUGAUCCUGCUCAUGACUGUGGGCCGGUGGACGGACAUCCUGAACAUCUUCAUCUCGCUGCUGGGAGAGGUCUGGUGCUUGGUGCAGGCAGGAGCCACGCUGGAGAUCUGCAGGAAGCAGGAUUUCUCUCAACGAUUCUCCCACUUGGCUUCUCCUUCCCGGGGGCGCAAAAAUCAGCAUGAAGCCCACCCCUCAAAGUCCUCAGCAGCAGCUGUGUCCUGAAGUGGAGAAGCAAGGCAGGAUGGUCUGGCAAUCAUCGGUCAACGGCAGGCUUCAGCUUUCCUGGCCUCCGACCGGAACAUGGAGCGACACCUCCCACUCUUGGUUGCAGGCUGUUCCCAGUCCUCUGCACAACAGCAGGCGCCUUCUUGAGGCUGGACUGCGAUGCUUCAUGCGCCCGUCCUGUUCUGCAGCUCUGCCGAGAGGUGACUCCUUUGCCUCAGGGUUGGCUUGACUUGACUGGCAGCUCUCUGUGGGCUCUGCAGCUUCUAAAGGUGAGCACUGUCUUCUGUGACUCUGGGUGUGGACCAAUGGACAGCUGCUCUUUGUGCCCAGGGCGCCCUGCCCUCCCUCCGGCUCCUUCCAUCAGCUGACUCUUGCAUGCUGGAGCUGUUCAUGGGUUCCGGGGCCUCCUCAGUGAGCAGCAAAAGGCCACACAGGAGCCUUGUGUGUUCACCUGUGCCUGUGGCCAGAAGCUGAGCGCUGCAGCUUUUGAUCCUGCGCCACUGCGCUGUUUUUGUUAGUAAUGUUGGGAAUGAAUAAAAUCUGGAAAUGCUGGA